AUGGCCUCUGGUCACAUCAAUCCUUCGUUGGCCAUCGCCCGAAGUCUUGUGAGCCUGGGGCAUGAAGUGCACUACUUGUGCCGGGAACAGAUGAGGGAAGCGAUCGAAGACACUGGCGCCAGCUUUCACAGCGACAUUCAGAUGCAACAUGAGCUCUAUGAAGGUCGGGAUCCAGCCAUGUUCGGUGCUCUUGGAUCUCUUCAAGAAGAACACGGCUUGAAAGGCAGCUUCACCAAAGCACGUUUGCUCUUGCGAGAGCUAGCCAUUGAGCUGAUGCUUCCGGGCACCUUGCGUUGGCUUCGCAGCAUCCAUGCGGACGCCGUGCUCUUCUGCCCUCUCGUCAACUUAGAAGCGCCAUUAGCAGCUCAAAUCUUGGGUAUUCCUUCGGCAGGGCGGCUGACCACUGCAGGGCCUGGGAGUGUGAAACUCAUUUUUAACAACCUGUUGAAGUCCGUCAGCUCCACCGCCGAAGAGAUCUUAGAGGAACGCCUCAGCUUUCCAGCACUUCACGAGUGCUUGGAUCGACUGCGAGAACGUUAUGGGCUCCAGAUGCCUGUGGAGGAUACCUUGAAGCCAGUGGGCCUGAUGCCAAGUGCUUUGGCUUCUGCCCUGACCUUGGUCACCACCGCAGAGUUUCUGGCGGAUCCAAUGCCCGCAGACUUGGAGAAAGCUUACGACGGCCAUGAAUUUCUAUUCUUGGGCCCUUUGUUGGACAAGCCUGGUGCCAAGCGUGCAGCUGGUCACAAGUUUGGCCACCCUUCCAGUGACGGAGAAAGCAGCUCUGAAGAAGAAGUCUUGGCCUUGGCGCGCGCAGCGAAGGCCGAAGGCCGCCUGGUGAUUUUGGUGAGUCUUGGGACCGUCAUCACGGGAGAUCAUGUCGACUACGGCUGGAACGCCCAUUGCAGCAUCGACGGAGAGAAGAGAGGCCUAUCCGGCAAGGAGAACUUCAGGGAGCUCUGUCAGUCCGCCUGGCAAGCGGCCUUCGACGUCUUUGGGACGGAGGACGCGCUGAUCCUGUUGGCCUUGGGACCUCAAGCGGAUGCCCUCGACCACCUACAGGUGGAUUUGCUUCGACUUGGAGUGGAUGUCUUCCUAACUCAUGGUGGACAGAACAGCUUCAUGGAGGCCUUAUCCACCGGAGUCCCCAUGGUAGUUCCUUGCCAAACUCAGCAUCUGGUAGUGCGCGCGUUGCUUGUAGUAGCCUUUCCAGGAACGUCAGGAGCGUGA